AAGUGUCCCUUUAACAGAGAAAGGCUCUGCUCAGCCCAAGAGCCAAUCGAUGCUAGUGUUUCUGCAGGGCUGAAUGUGUAAUGAGGAGGCUGGGCAGUCUGUCGGGCAAGUGUGUGUGUGUGUGUGAAAGAGAUUAUGCUGCAGGGAUUCCUAGCUUUCCCCUAGAGUUGGAAAUCUCAGCGCCGGCUGAACAGCGGCAAACCGGGACAGGGUGUAAGAACAACUUUUCUACAUUCUGCCUUUGGAAAGAUGCUGCCCCGGACGUGACAAUGCAAACUGGUGCAAGGAUUCAAUGUGUGCAAGGUGCGACACUGUAAAAUGACCCUUGCAGAGGAAGCUCAGCGGAGGAGCCUGCCAGAUAUGCAUUUGGAGAAGAAUGUUAUCGCAAUAGGACUAUGAAGAGAGGAACAGCGGAUGCAUUGGACGGACUGAGUUGGAGUUGUUCCAGCGUUUGGGGAUGCCGUGGAGAAUAACCUCGAGCUGCCCCACCACCGACACGCCAUCCAGCCGCAGACAAGAUGGGGAGUGUGAGCAGCCUCAUCUCGGGGGGGAGUCUCCAUGACAAACACUGCAAAGCCUUCGAGUCCAGGGGCAAGAAACCGUCGCACCUCCAGAAGUUUAUCCGGCAGCAGGACGGGCUGCUGAAGUUUGGCGGCGGCCACGAGCCCAUCGGCAACGGCUCCCGGUGCGAAACAACCGAGGACUUUUUCUACAUCAGCAUCAGCCAAAGCAACGGACUGACAGCCACGGGCAAGCGGAAGAGCCGUGCCUCUGGCCCAGGGCCUCAGAAAGACGUACCCAUCAACAUGGAUGUUAAAGGCCCUCCACCAACACUGGUACCCAUCUCCGGCCAUCUAGAGCAGGGCAGCAAAAGGAACGUUGUCAGGCCGACAGCAGUUAAGGCUGCGGUGCCUAGAAAUGGCGCCCAUCUCAACGGUCCUUUGGGGAACCAGAUGGAGGCGAAACUUGCGUCUCAGGGGAGCGUUCCGAAUCCGGGAAACCCUGCAGGGAAACAGCAGGGACGAGAGCAGAAGCAGGCGAGCUGCUCGGGAACACUGUCGGACUCGGGUAGGAAUUCCAUGUCCAGCCUCCCAACGCACAGCACCGGAUGCAGCCGGGGGCCAGAGCCCACUGGAGCCGCCACCACCCUUCGUAAAAGGUUUGGAGGUUCAGCCCAACACAUUGGUUCCAUUGGAGGGAUCUUGAGGAAUGGGGGCAUCGUGUCCACCUCUGAAGGCGGCAACAAAGACUUGAGCUCCAACCACUGCAGCUCGCGCCUCCACUCAGCCCCAUCCGGCAGCAGAUCUGUGGCUCGGGAUCCAGUGGUGGACCCGGGAGGGAGAGGAGUUCAGGAGCCCCUGGACAAUGGGAAGGUGAGACACUGCGGGCAGGGGCCAGGCAGCCCGGAGCGGAGGGAGGGCGCUAACACCACCCACUCCUCUCGCACGGAGCACGGGGAAUGCCAUCUCCUCCAGAUCCAAGUCAGCCAGCUCCAACAGGAGAAGCAGCAACUGAGGGACAACUUUGCCCAACUACUACAGCAGUGCAACAGCCUCAAAGCCAAAUGCAAAACUUACGAACGAGAACAAACGGAACUCAGCCCAACGCUCGAAGAAAUUAAAUGGGAGGUCUGCCAGAAGUCUGGGGUGAUCUCUCUUCUAAAGCAGCAGCUGAAGGACUCGCAGACGGAGCUGGCCAACAAGACCAACGAGGUGCUGACCCUCAGGAACCAGGCGAGGGAGGCGAGAGGGAAGCUGUCCUCUCGAGAGCAGCGGGUCGAGGAGCUGCAGGGCACAGUGCAGGCCAAGGCGAGGGAGCUGGAGGUGUGCGAGAACGAGCUCCAGCGCAUGAGGAAUGCGGCGGAGUUACUGCGGGAGAAGGUCGGCCUGCAGGAGCAGAGGAUCCGCGAACUGAAACGCAACUCGGUCAGCUGGAAGGAAGCGAGCUGUGGAGGCGAGAUUGACAGCCGGCCUGAACCGGCCCUGUCCCUGCGACAGAGCCAGCAAGGGACAGCGAACCUGCAGGGACAAGUGGACAAGUUAAAAGCCCAACUGGAGCAGGAGAAGCAGAGGAACCAGGCGCUGUCCCUCGACUCUCAGAAGGAACGGCUGCUGUGGUGUGCAGAGAAGGAGCGGGUGAUUGAAUAUCAGAAGCAGCUCCAGCAGAACUAUCUACGCACUCGCCGCCAGAACCUCAGCCUGGAGAGGACUGUCCAGCAGCUCUCAGUCCAGCUGGAGGCCAGAGAUUCUGUGGAGAGAGUGGGACAAGGUGCUGACUCGUUUGAGGUGAUAGUUGCCACUGCGAUUUGACAAAGGGUAAAAUGCCUUUCAGCGAGCAGGGUAUUGACUGGCAACAGCACGAAAGCCAGCGAGUUCAAAGGUGGGAGUAUGGAGAAAUGGCUGUUGCAAAAGGUCAGUUUACUCAGAAAACAAAAUAGACACAAAAAGCUGGAGUAACUCAGACUGAAGUAGGGUCUCAACCCGAGACAUCACCCAUUUAUUCUCUCCAGAAAUGCUGCCUGUCCCGCUGAAUUGCUGAAGAAGGGUUUCAACCCGAAACAUCACCCAUUUCUUCUCUCCAGAAAUGCUGCCUGUCCCGCUGAGUUACUAAAGAAGGGUCUCGACCCGAAACGUUGCCCAAUUCCUUCGCUCCAUAGAUGCUGCCUCCCCCGCUGAGUUUCUCCAGCAUUUUUGUCCACCGCUGAAGUACUCCAGCUUUUUGUGUCUACGGUUUCAACCGUCAUCUGCAGUUCCUUCCGACACAUACUCAGAAAACAACGUCUAUUUAAAGAGUGCAGCAGACAAACCACAGCGAUGGCUUCAAUUACAAGAGCAACGUUUCUCCAGAAAACUGCUGGGACUGUUACUUGCAACUUACCUGCAUUCAAAUCAAUCUUCAUCAUUUAGAGCAAUAUUGUCAGCCAGGCUGGUUGGCAGGAACAUUGCCUAAUUGUCUCAACUCUGGCUGGCUAUAGUGUGUCAUUAUAUACAGACUUCUGCAAAUGCAGUGUUGAUAACAGGACUGUUUGCGGCAACUGGAUAUUUUGUGAAGUGCUUCCAUUGGCAUGCCAAUAGCAUUUCUUUCAGCUACAAACAAAUCAAAGCGCACACCGUUUUUGCGGCUUUUUUUUUUACAGACUUGGUUUCAAGUGGAUUGUAUGCUUUUAAAUCGCACGGCUCCAGCAUAGCGUGACAUGUUCGCUGGCGGUGCUGCUAAAGUGAAAGCUGUGAAUUAUAAGUUGGGAAUUAUAAAUGCUAAUGUUUACACUACAACCCAAGCAGAACUAAGCCAGUGACAUGACAAAUCCACCUGUGAAGGGUGGGCUUCAGGGAAAAACAUUUUAUAAGCACACGGCAUUAUGCCCCGUGCCAAAGAAUCAUUGCUUGCGCCAGCAUGACUGUAGCACCAAUUUCUAAACGAUACUUCCAAUGGAUUUUCACCCAUUAUGAGCCCACACGGCACUGAGUUUGUGCUGUCAAGAUCCUGGAUGGCUGCUGCAAAAUUGUUAGAGAGAAAGGAUUAGCAAAAUGUUCCAUUAUUGAAUUGAAGCAAUAAAGACAAAAUAAACAGAGGCACUAUAGACUGCAGAUGCUGGAAUCUGCAACACAAGGAGAGAUGCUGGCGAAACUCUGCAAGCCAGACAGCAUAUGUGGGGGGGGGGGGAAUGGUGAGUCAGUGUUUCCUCAGUCAAGAUGAAGGGUCUCGACCGUUGACUUUCCUCCACAGAUGCUGCCGGAUCUGCCGUGUUCCUCCAGAACUUCCCCUUUAUUGGGGGGCUAAAGGAAAUAAAACAGCGGAGUUACUCCACCACUGUGUCCUUUUGAGCAGAGCAAGAUUGUGGUCAUCAGGUGCAAGGAGCUCUUGGUGUUGGUGUCUCUGUGGUGCAGGUGUGGCCCAAACGCCCAUUCUCCACCUCGGCAGUCAUCAGAGCCAGAGAUCUCCUUCUAUCUCAUCAGGGGAUCCACAGUAGUGUGUCCAAUGUGUAUUCAACAUCAACCCUCGUCCUGUGCACAAAGUGCUGGAGUAACCCCGCUGGUUCAGAGUAAAGAAGAGUCCCAUCCCGAAACAUCACCUAUCCACGUUCUCCAGACAUGUGCUGUGUCCUUGUUUGCCAGGAGAUCACGCCUUCCGUGGACACAUGCUAACAAUUACAGAGAGGAUUGAGGACAUUGUGGAACUGCAGAUGCUGGUUGACAAAAAACAACCUACAAAGUGCUGGAGUAAUUAAGCAGGCCAGGCAGCAUCUCUGGUGAACAUGGACAGGUGGGACAUGGACAUUUUAAUGGAACAUUGUCAUUAAUAAUGUAGCAUUUUGGAGUUGUAAUGGAGUGAGAAAAGAACAGAAAAACAGGGAUAUUGCUUUAAUCUCAGGUCAGAGAGCAUCGCAUGUGCUUUCAUAUGGCAGAUUUGCAAAGUCAAUGCUACCCAUAGGACUCCCCUGGUUAUUGCUACAACCAAACAUUCAUGGGAAGGAUUCAGUGGCAUCAUAGUUCAUUAAUAAUAGUGUGAUUGUGUCAUUCACAAAGUCUUCCUUCCAAGGUUACAUUGCACUGCCAAGAAUGGUGCAAGAUUGAUAGCAUCACAGAAAUCACCCCUGGCUCUUUAGAUGUCUUAGUUAUCCUUCCCCCUUACACUGAGCUGCAUCUAACUGCCAAGAUCAUUAGUGCUCACUACCCAUACGCUGAGGCAGUGCUUUGCAUGCUGCUUCCAAUUAAGCAUCGCCUUUAAUCUUUGGGAAGGAACAGCAGAUGCUGGUUUAAACCGACGAUGGGCUAUAGUGUUUAGCUUAGUUUCGAGAUACAGCGCGGAUACACCAAGUCCAGCGAUCCCCACACAAUAACACUAUCCUACAUACACACUAGGGACAAUUUGCACUUAUACCAAGCAAAUUAAACAAUCCUGUGGGUCUUUGGAGUGUGGAAGGAAACCAGAGGUCCCGGAGAAAACCCAUGCAGGUCACUUGGGAGAAUGUACAAACUCUGUACAGACAGCACCCGUAGUCAGGAUUGAACCCGGGUCUCUGGUGCUGUGAGGCAGCAUGGCAUAAAAACAAAAGUUGCUGAAAUGAAGACUGUAUGCGGAUUCUGGACUCAUUCCAACUGUGACGGCAUCAAGUCCAUGUAGUCCAACCUCUGUAUUCUACUUGCCUGUUCCCCCGUCUUACUGAGGUUAGAAGGGAAGUCAUGUCUACGUUGGUGUUUAGGUUUGUUACAAGCACCCUGCAAGAUACAUAUGUCUUUGAAUGCUUCAAUGCCCACUCCUGUAGCAAACAUUACAUUAUAGUGACAAUCCAUACAUGGAGCUUAGACACAUCAAAGUAACCAAGAGUGGAGGGGAGGUGGAAAUAAAAACCCCCCUUCAAAUUACACCCCAUUGUUACCAAAAUUAAAUCCUGGAACUUCCUUUUCAGCAGCACCAUGGAAGCACCUUCACCAGAAGGACUGCAGAGCUUUGAUCAUAAGCCAUAGGAGCAGAAUUAGGCCAUUUGGCCCAUCAAGUCCACUCCACCAUUCGAUCAUGGCUGAUCUAUUUUCCUCUCUCGACCCCAUUUCUCUGUCUUCUCCCCAUUACCUUUGACACCCUUACUAAUCAAGCACCUGUCAAUCUCCACUUUAAAAAUACCCAAUGACGUUAGACAUACCACAUGGAAGCAGGCCCUUCGGCCCAUUGAGUCUACGCCAGCAUCAUACACUAACAUUUCCUACACACUAAGGACAAUUUACCAUUUUUUUUACCGAAGCCAAUUAACCUACAAGCCUGUUUAAGAAGGAACUGCUGAUGCUGGAAAAUCAAAGGGAGACAAAAGUGCUGGAGAAACUCAGCGGGUGCAGCAGCAUCUAUGGAGCGAAGGAAAUGGGCAACGUUUCGGG